AUGAAUAGCAAUUUAGCUAACCAAGGCAACAAUAGGACCUAUUUAAAUGAUCAAGCAAAUAUUCCAGAGUACUCUAAUGAUUUCUGUAGUGAAAUAGAUUUAGAAGAUUUUCAAGAUAUAGAGUUUUCAUCCGAGGAAAUUGUUUGCUAUGAGACUUGGUAUUUAAUGAUUCAAAGAUUUAGCGAGCUUGAAGAAAAAACACAUACAUCCUUAAGGGAUUCUGCAAUUUGUGAGAUACCUCCUGUAGGUAUGAUGACUGCAAGAUUCUUCCGUACAUCUGGUUUAUCUAGGGAAAUUCUUCGCCAAAUUUGGAGUAUCGUUGAUAUUCAUAAUCAUGGUAUUUUGAACUUUAAUGAGUUUGGAGUUGCUUGUAGGCUUAUUGCACUUUACCAAUACGAACAAAAGUAUCCAAAUUCUUCAAUUUAUAAUAAAAUUCCCUUAAAAUUACCAUUUUUUGAUAUUUCCUCACUAUGGAACUUAAAAAACUUGGAAUCUAGGCUAGAAAGUACUUAUAAUGAUUUACAAAAUAAUGGGAAUACCACAACAUACAAACCUAAUCCUUUGUUAUUAACAAAGAUUCAGAUUGAGAAUUACAUUAGAAUAUUUAGAAAUUUAGAUAAAAACUCAGAUGGACUCAUUGAGCGUGACGAUGUUUUUAAUUUUUUAGUAAAAUCUCAAAUUCCUCGUCCAGAUUUAUUGAAGAUUUGGGAUCUUGCAGACACUGAUGCAGAUGGAAAACUUAGCAUGCUGGAAUUUCUCAUUGCAAUGGCUUAUAUUGAACUAAAACUCCAAAAAAAUGAAGUUGUAUAUAAGCCACUGUCUGCAAAGGUUUUGCUUCAUAUAUCUAAUGAGAUGAUCAAAAUUCAAAAUAUACUGGAAAACCGAAAUAUAGAGGAAACAGCUAAUAAAAUGAAAUUUAAUAAUACCGCAAGGAGUGGCAAUAAAGAUGUUAAUAAUAAUUAUUAUAUACAUUCUAACGAGGAAAAGGAGACGAAUAAAUCAGUUGAGAUAUAUACUUACUGCAGUACCUCAUCUCCAAAAGAUUCAACUUCAGGUAAUCCUAUAUUUGCUUCAAAAGCUCCAAAUAUGUGCAGUGAAUUUCAGCUUGAUGAAAUGAAGAAAGAAAUUCAAGAUUUAAAAGAUAUUAUUAGUAAUCACUCAAAGCAACAUGAAACAUACAGUAACCAGAUACAAGAAACUAACAUGAGGCUAACUAACCUUAGAAAACAACGUGAUAAACUAACUAAAGAAAAUGAACAACUAAUUGCUUGUUUGGAGUAUCAGCAGACAAAGUUAGUUGACAAUAAUAUAUAUAUUGAUGAAUUGAAAAAAGAUAUUGAUUAUUUCAAUAAUUUAAAUUUAGUACUUAGAAAUCAUCUAAGUUUCGAAGAAAAUGACUUGAAAAUACUGAAAUCUAUCCAAGAAAAUUUAAAUUUAGGAAAGACUCAAGCAGAAGUCAGUACUUUGAUAAAUAGGGGAGAUGAUAGGACCAUUCAAAAUUAUAUGGGAAUUCUUAAACAAGAAAAAAGUAGUUAUAAACAGGAUAUUUUAAAUUUGUUAGAUGAACAAUUUCAAAAAAGACAACAAAAACACAAUAUACUAUUUUCAACAAAUGAGAAGACUGUAGAUAUUCUGAAUCUACUUAAAGAGUUUCUUAGUAUAAAAGAUCACGAAAAAAGUCAAAUUAUCCAACUUAUUUACUCUGUACUUAAUAAUUUAGAUAAAAAAGGGGAUAUUCAGACUAACAGAGUUUUAGAUAAGAGUACUAUAGAGGCAAAUGUACCAUCUAAAAAGUGCGAAUCUUGGGUAUCAUUCCCUUCUCAUAAAAGAGCAAGCAAUUAUACUCUUGGUAAUCUGGCUGUAUAA